CUGAAAUAUCCCACAAUGCAACAGUUUUGAUUACAAAGCCAGCGGCCCUCCGCGAUUCUUCAGCAGUCUUGUCAUGGCGACGAGGGUGCUCUUGCUUUCUCCUGGCUAACCGAGCGCAAUUUUCUCAUUUUUCUAUCGCUUUUUACCCGAGAGAAUGAUAAAGAACCGGACAAACAGUAUCAGAACGAAAGAUAAAGAUGGAUACACGAGACGAGCUGGCUGUAUCUGCUUUAAAACCGAACAGGAGAAAGAGGUGUUGUUAGUUUCGAGUUGUCGGCAUCCUGGUAGGUGGAUUGUGCCUUCAGGAGGGGUUGAGCCUGGCGAAGAAUCGAGUGAAGCUGCCAUUCGGGAAGUUGAGGAAGAAGCUGGAGUUCGGGGUAAACUAGGACGUUUUCUUGGCGAAUUUCAGAACGAUGUAAAUCAAACCCGAACCUCUGUUUAUGUCUUAAUUGUAACAGAAAUGCUCGAAACAUGGGAAGAAGACCGCACUAGGUCUUGGUUUCCAGUGGAAAAGGCAAAGAACAUGUUAGAAGCCAAGCCAUAUCAGCAGAAAUACCUGGAUAAAGCUUGCAGUGGCAGGUGACACAUCAUCUUCAACCAGAAAAGCUGGUUUGUCCUGGUAGAUGUAAUGUAAAGUAGCAGAGUGCCUUGUUUAAAAUAUAGUGAGUGUUUAAAUGUUAUAUACAGCACUCAUGCCUUAGAUAAAGUGUCAUAUCUGACUUACAUAUAUAAGCUGUCAUAGAUGAAAACUACUGCAAAUGUCUGGAAAAGCGGCUGAGAAAGAGGAAAUGGCUGUUCAUUAAUCCUGCCUUGAAAAAGAAAAUUAACUCCAUGUGCAUUUUUGCAUUUUUACAUUUUUAUUGGCUCUAGCUGUUAGACAGAGGAUAUUACACAGCAGUGCAAAGAUAUGAAUUUUAUUUUUGAGUGGUAAGAACAAUGUUUUAUGAAUGAGCCCAGCGAGCUAUUAAAAUAAAAUUCAUAUCUUCAAGCCACUGUGUAAUUUUCUUUUUAUUAUAUGGACAAAGUAACUGUUUGCACAACUGGCUGUGAGAAAGCAAGAACUGACGUCAUCAAUAUCUCACCAGUGAGGAUAUGGAAAAAAUGCCACCCGCGUCCUGGAUGUAGUUUUGUAUGAAUUUUACGAGUGGUGUAUUUUCCAUUAAAGUGUAUAUGACAGAAAAGUAUUUUCCUUCCUUGAUAUAUGUGAUAAAUGAAUAAUGUUUUGAAAAUGCAAAAAAAAAAUAAUUUGGAUGAUUUUUCAGUGGCCAAAAUACAGCCAAUUUUCCUAUAAAAGUGUCCUGGGAAACUGUGGUCGAGAAUUGUGUUUGUGACGUCAUAGUGUUUGAUGACAUUGCUGUCACGGGAAGCUGCCUUGUCAUUUCUCUUGCACAUGGCUUCAAAUGUGCGAAUGAUUUACUAGCUAGUAACGCUAAUUUUCAACCCAUUCUGUUUAAUUUGGUGAUAUCAAGUGACUUGUUUGUUUGUCAAACACAGUGACGUCACAGGUGUAAAUCAUGUGACAUUUUGGCCGCGUGAUCUGUGGGACAAUUUCAACAUGAAAGUAGUGCGUAUUUUGAAUGAAAAAAACUGGUUUCAAAAUAUUUCCACAAUCUAAAAACUUUACAACUGUUUUUCUAACAUUAUUAACAACCAGAAUCAGUGGGAAAAAAAUUGUGUCAUAUACACUUUAAAACACUUGUGUCUAAUAUAUAAUUUUUAUACCUACCAACCUUACCUGAGUCAAAGGCAUGAGACUUUUAGCAUGGAUGCACUGGGAGUUCUGAAGACAACCUAACCAUAUCCAAAUUUCAUUCGAAGAUUUGUGAAGACAUUUCAAAUAUUACCUAGUCACAAUCCUGGGAUGUGUUUGGCCAACAUAAUGUUGUCACCAUUAAUGUUUUUCUUUUAAAAUUGGAGAAUUGAAGGAGUCUAUUCUUGCAUUAGUCCUAAUUUACAUAUCUUUUGUAAAUGUGUCAGUUAAGGUUGUAAAAGUUCAAAUUUUCAACUAAGUUGGAUAAAUCAGACCAUAGCUGUGUGAUUGAAGUUUUGACUCGCAGGCAACAGACUCAUGUCUUAGGUGGGAGGGUUUGCAAGUGUGUAGUUUACGUCCUGUGAUAUGAUGUAGAAAUUGCUUUUUGGUUUUGUGCAGGAACUUUGCUGCAGAUUAUUCCUAUUUGUAUUACUCUGUUUUGGAAACCUUAGAAUAUGUUUUGAGAUAGGAAAAAUUGAUCCAGCAAAAAGUCCUCCCCUUCUGAAUUAAAUAACCGUUUUUGGAACAAAUUAGAAGCUUGCUCAGUGGCAGGUGAUUUUCAGAAGUUUGUGGCAUAUUCAAUUUGACAGUUUUAAUAUGACACUUUGAUGACAGAAACAGCAUGCAAUAUCAAAGAUACAUCCAGAUAUAUUGUAUGCAGAAACCAAUGGGAAGUUAAUCGGGUUUAUUAACCUGUAUCCUGCAGUUGUGACCCUUCAAGCCCUAAUGUGUGUACAUCAGUAAUACAGUGGAAGCCCUCAUAAGCAGACACCCUUGUGAUGCUAAAAAGCUGUCCAUAACUGGAGCUGGCCACUUAAGAGAAUAGUUCUUGUACAUGGCCACUAGUGUUGUAAGGGAAUGCAAAAAUACCUGCAAAUCAUUUUUGGUUAUGUUUUUUCUUUUGCCUUGUGCAGUGCCGCGAUAAUGGUGAUAACUGCAUGUACACAUACUUGCUGCCAGCGAGCCGGUAAAUGCAGAGUUUGUAUGGGAGUUCAAACUGGAUUUUGUGAAGGCAGUUGUUAGUAGAGCUGUCUGCUUAUAAGAGUGUCUGUUAAGAGAGCUUCCACUGUAUUCUUGUUGCCAGAAGAGUCUUGUAGAUUAUUAGUGAGAAAAAUUUGAUUUUUGUAUGACAGUUUUGUUUUUCUUUUUACUACUUUUACCGUCAUGACAUGUCAAAGUUUGAAGGUAUUCUAAGUAUUUUUCUGGAGAACAAUCUUGUUAGGGCUUUAAGGGUUAAGUUUAUAUAUAUUAUUAUUAUGUAUUGUGAGAAGGACACUAUUUUGGUGUGUUGAACAGCAAUUAGUGUAAUAGUAUCUAAGAAAGUGUUUAGCAGUAAAAACAGUAAAUUAAAAUAAGUAAAUGUUUUUCAGUUUUUGUUAAUAAGUUAUGAAUUAGUGUGUGCGUUAUUGGUUGGCAUGUUUCAGUGAUUGAAUGAAUAACAAUCUUAAUAUAAAUAAAAAACAUGAUUUUCAGAUGGAAAAUUACCCUUAACCUAUAUUCUUACUCUCAGUUAAUAUUAAGUAGUUAUUAAUUUACUGUGAAGUCUAUUAUCCUAGUUGUCCCUGGUCUCUGUGCUGUGUAACUGCAUGGCUGAGUUUCUUUUAUUGUGGCAACAGUUUUUCUCAAAUGAAAACAGUUCCUAUUAAUUCCAUCAUGUUGUGGAUGUUAUUUUCUCAGUUUCUGAGUAUCAACUAAUUAUUUUUGCCAGAUUUAUGACAUGUAAAUAAGAUAUUCUGUCUGAAGUUCUGUUAGUAGAAGAUUCAGAUUAUAUUAUUAACUUCUCAAUAAUUUAUUGACCUGGGGCCAGAUUCACGAACCUCUCAUUAGUUAAGAUGUGUCCUCAGCGUUGUUUCACAACAGCAGGCUUUUGUAUUUGAAUGAUACUUACGAGACGUCUUAACCUCGAUGGCCUUUGUGAAUCUGGCCCAUUAUUUGUUACAUAGUCAUUCAUUCUAACUUGUGUGCUUAAGUUAUUGUGACACGGACUGUUUUAUGUUAUUAAUAAAUCCAUCAGACACGCACACUCA